CGAAAGAGAAAGAGUAAAACAGAAAAAAAAUGGCUUCAGACGUGUCCUGUUGUGGGGCUGAAUUCUCAUUGUAUCUGUUGAUAAUAGUGGGGUUGGUGUGUUUUGCUGGGUUGAUGGCUGGGCUAACACUGGGUCUCAUGUCUCUGGGUCUCGUCGACCUUGAAGUCCUCAUCAAGUCUGGCCGUCCUCAAGAUCGUAUCCAUGCCGCAAAGAUAUUUCCAGUGGUAAAAAAUCAGCAUCUUCUGCUAUGUACUCUGCUGAUCGGAAACUCCUUGGCAAUGGAGGCUCUUCCCAUUUUUCUGGACAAGCUUGUGCCUCCAUGGGCUGCAAUUUUGAUUUCUGUGACUCUUAUCCUCAUGUUUGGAGAGAUAUUGCCACAAGCUGUUUGUACUCGAUAUGGCUUGAAAGUUGGAGCAGCAAUGGCACCUCUUGUCCGUGUUCUUCUUUUUCUUUUCUUACCAAUUUCUUAUCCAAUUAGCAAGGUUUUGGACUGGAUGUUGGGUAAGGGACAUGCUGUCCUCCUACGGAGGGCAGAGUUAAAGACUUUUGUGGAUUUUCAUGGCAAUGAGGCUGGGAAAGGUGGGGAUCUAACUCAUGAUGAGACAACUAUCAUUGCUGGGGCACUUGAAAUGACUGAAAAGACUGCCAAAGUUGCCAUGACGCCAAUAUCAAAUGCAUUUUCCCUUGAUCUGGAUACAACUCUUGAUUUGGAAACGUUGAAUAAAGUAAUGACCAUGGGUCAUAGCCGAGUUCCAGUUUAUUAUGGAAACCCAAGAAAUUUAAUUGGACUUGUUCUGGUUAAAAAUCUUUUAACAAUUGAUUCAGAAGGUCCAGUUCCUCUCAAAAAAAUGAUCAUAAGAAAAAUCCCGCGGGUAUCAGAGGACAUGCCACUAUAUGAUAUUCUUAAUGAAUUCCAAAAGGGUCACAGCCACAUCGCGGUGGUAUAUAAGGAUCUGAAUGAGAGCAGAGAAUCAUUGAAGAAAGGUAAAGAGGGUGAACGACUUGAGUUUAAGGACAGCUGUAAGAAGGGAAGAGGUGAACCUGAGACAUCAAGAAAAGAUGAUCGCGAGGUUGGUGUAAGUACCCAAAAAUCAGGGCUUAAAUUCGACUCACAAGAUGUUCAGACACCUGUGACUAACAGUAAUGGAGGUCAACAGACAAAGAAGAAUCCACCAGCUACUUUUGCCUUUAAGAAGCGGCACAGAGGUUGUUCAUACUGCAUAUUGGACGUUGAAAAUGCUCCUAUUCCUGAAUUUCCAUCAAAUGAAGAGGUUGUUGGUGUUAUCACCAUGGAGGAUGUUAUUGAAGAACUUCUUCAGGAGGAGAUAUUAGAUGAGACAGAUGAAUACGUCAAUAUCCACAACAGGAUAAAGAUCAACAUGCACACAUCUUGGGACAAUGCUCCGAGUUCGAAUUCGACACAACCUUCUCCGUAUGACAGCAGCAUCCCGAGCGCUGCAUCAUCAAUGCCCGAGGGAAAUCUUCCUCAACAGUCCCCCGUCCCCCCCUACUUGGCAGCCCCUGGUACCACACCAACCCCUUCAGGCUCUAUCAGUACUACAAGAACAGGUUCACCUGCCAUAACACAUCAAGCUUCAGGAGACGACUCAUUAAAGGAUAGGUGAAACUUAAAGCUUUUUUUUUUUUUUUUCUUUAGACGCGAUAAUGAAAUAUAUUCUUAAGUUAGAAAAGAUACGAGCUAAGUUUUAGUUACUAGGUAAGAAACCAACGACAGACCCUACCUGGUUUUAGGCCGAUUGUCUGCUGGAUACAUGUAAUCAUAUAGAGAACGGCUUGUCUUUUGGUUUAAUGGAUAAGAACUCAAAUAGACAUCCCUCGAUAUAGAAUCAUAGAUAAUGAUUGAUUUGUGUAAAUCGCCAUGAAAUUAUUAGUUCCAUGUACUUCAAAGCAACCUAAGCAUGAAACUGAACUCUCCUUUGAAGAGAAUGGUGAAAAUGGCAAGUACAAUGGAGAAGCAAUGUAAAAGAUUUUUUAUUAUUUAUUAUUUUUUAUUUUUCAAAUUCUUGUAUGUAUUAGUUCAAAUGCAAAUACUGCAAACUAUAUCUGGAAGACAAUGGGAAGCUGAUUACAAGAAGAUCUAUCAGGACAUAC